CCUGGCGGUGAAGGCUGACACAUAGUAAUGCUCUGUACAGGCGCGGAAACCGCGUUUCUGUACGCAAAAUUUUAGUAGUGCUUAUGUGAAGUUGAAAAAUGGAGGAAACAACUUUGAUAGAAAGUGCGACAGAAAAUUAUACACAGUUGGACUACAAUAAUUCUAGUGAAUUUAUUAGGAAAUUAUAUGGACCAAAACGGGACAGCUUAAAUGUUGUUAUUCCAAUUACUAUAAUCUACGUGAUCAUUUUUGUUACUGGUCUCAUAGGAAAUAUAAGUACAUGUGUUGUGAUAUCUCGUAACAAAUCUAUGCAUACAGCCACAAACUACUAUCUAUUUAGUUUAGCGAUUUCCGAUUUAUUGCUCUUAGUGUCAGGUCUUCCUCAAGAGGUAUACUGCAUAUGGUCGCGGUAUCCUUACGUAUUUGGGCAAGUUUUUUGUGUGCUCAGAGGACUUUUUUCGGAAACCUCUGCAAACGCGACCGUGCUCACAAUAACUGCAUUUACAGUUGAAAGGUAUAUCGCAAUAUGCCACCCCUUCUUAUCACAUACGAUGUCAAAACUCUCCAGAGCGGUCAAAUUUAUACUUAUCAUUUGGUUAGUUUCAAUUGUGUUUGCCGUGCCGCAAGCGCUUCAGUUUGAAGUUGUUAGUAUCAAUGGAAUUCCAGAAAGUACGAAAUGCGACGCUGUGAGGACUAUCAUUCCUCAUUCGUUUGAAUUUUCCACGUUUGUGUUUUUCAUCGGACCGAUGAGCUUAAUUACAAUAUUGUAUGUACUCAUUGGAAUGAGACUAAGGAGCUCGAAUAAAAUGAAAAAGGUUCAAUGGGACUUCCGAAGACGCAAUGACGCCACGACUGCCGCGAGCAAAAGAAGUGAAUCUGUAAAACAACGACAGAUCCAGACAUCUCGGCGUGUUCUCAAGAUGUUAGAGAGAGCGCGUCGUCCUGUCAGGCGGCAGUUGAAGAAGUUGUGUGAUGACAUAAAUGUUGAAAGCCAAAAUACUAUUCCGGAUUUGGAUCAGAUGCGUGUGAAUGUAUUAAUGUUGGAGGAUACUCAUCGGGAAUUGCAAAUAUUGGACGAUACGAUCAAAAACCAAAUGCUUGACGACAACGUGGACGAUGAUCAACAAAAUGAAGAAUUUGAUGAUAUCGCUCAAUAUAAGAAAAUGUUUCAAACAGCAAGGCGAGUGUUUGAAGUGCUGAGAGAUGAAAAUUGCAAAUCCAUAACUGAAAANAACUGA